AUGGUCUUCAAGUGCGGCGAGCGCCCUAUCUGGGAGAUGCCGCUCUUCCGGCACCUCGUGCUCGGCAACUCGCUCGCCAAGGACCCGUCGGAGCUGGCGCCGGCGCCGGCUCAAGGCACGCCGCUGCUCCGAACGCUCAUCGACGCCCUCGUCGUGGUGUCUGCGCAGCUGGAGGCGCUCGAAAAGUUCGGCUACGCCGCGCCGGCGCUGCGCCGGACGGUCGGGCGCGUCCACGCGGCGUUUGCCCGCUCGCUGGAGCUGUGCCGCAUGCUGCCACAGGUCCGGGACAAUGCGACCUUCUACGAGCUGCUGACCACCUUCACGGCGCAGGUCAAGGCGCUCAUGCCGGGCGGGAUCCUCGUCAUCCCGGGCGGGUGGGCCGGCGGCGUCACCGUCUACGUCCUCCACUGCGUCUCGUACGAAUCGUACACGCUCGCCAUUUGCAGCACAGGGUCGGGGCUGCAGUACCACCCCACGCGGAUCGACCCGGCGACUGGCGCGGUGCAGUACAACACCCCUCUGCUGCUGCUCGACAUCCCACCCGGCCGCGUGCGCGACUCGGCCAUCUGGUUCAUCCUCAUCCGCGCCGCCCUCUUCCCGGACAAGAACCACUCGGCGGCCACGCCGCCACCCACCACCCACCACCACCAUCCACCACCCACCACCUCCUCCCUCUCCCGGCAGGCGUCCCUCAUCUACGAGAAGCUCCUCCCCUACCUCAACCGCAAGCCAAUCGGAGCCAACGUGCCCGACCCGAACGCGCCACCGCCCGCCGAGCCGCCACCGCCUCCUCCGCCGCCCGCCGCGGCGCAGCCUCCGCCAGGAGAGCGCUCCGCCCGCGGGCAGCGCCGCGCCUCUGCACGCCUCUUCGCUGAGGCGCCUCGUACCCUCCCUGCAGGCGCGCCGGCGGUCGGCCAGGCCGCGCCGGGCUUCUGGGGACCGGCAAGCACGCAGCACGGCGGAGGGGGCGGGUUCGGAGACGGCUUUGGCGGCGGCGGAGGAGGCUUUGGCGGCGGCGGAGGCUUCAGCGGCUUUGGAGCGCCUGCGGCUGGGAACCCGCAGCAGCGGCGCAAGGCGCCGCCGACGCCGCCGUCGUGGCAUACGCCGGAGGCUGGCGGCGACCCGUACGCGCACGGGCUCGCCUCUCUCGCGGCGAUGGUCGCGCUGCAGAUGACUGCGGAGGGGGAGCUGCUCGAGAUCAUGCAGCGCGGGCUCGAGCACGGCGGAGGGAGCAGCGCCGGCCCGACCUACAACGCGGACGGCCUCUCGCUGCUGCUGCAGCACCAGCUCUGCGUCCUCGCGUACGAGGACCUUCUGCAGGAGCAGCUCCGCACGCUCUCGGGCGCCAUCGGAGACGCAAAGGCGGUCGUGACGACGGAGCUGGGGCCGAUCACGCCGCCGCCGAUGGACGAGGUGCGCGGCUCCGCGACGCUGCCCUACUUCGACCGGCUGACUGACUUGCCCGACGUGGAGGGGCUCGCCGGCGCGGCGCGCGAGCCCCCGGUCGUGCUCCCGAUCCAGCUCUCGGUGGUGCCGGACAAGGUGGAGACCUUCGCCGACGUGUCCAACGCGCUGCAGCAGGCGGCGGCGGCGACCGUCGUCUGCACGCUGCUCGCCAACCAGCGAGGCCUCGUCCAAAACUCGUACGCGCUGCGCGCCGCGCUCAUCACGCACCUCUUCGUGCGCGUGGUGCCGCUGCCGCUCGCGAUGAGCAACACGGGCCGCGCGCUGCGCUGCUUCUGGAAUCGGAAGGACCGCUCCAUCUCGCACGACACGCAGGCGGAGCUGCUGCGCUGGAUCUCGCUGCUCUGCCGCCACUACGCGGCCGCCUCGCUCUCGCUGCCGCUCACCGUCUCCUUCGACGCGACGCGCAUGAUCGUCUUCGCCUCGAUGGCGGCGGUCGCCGACGCCAUCCUGCGGCUCCGUGCGUUCGACGCACCCUCCCUCCUCUCGCUGCACUACUCCGGCCAGGCGGAAGGACCGGUUGCGCCGUUCGCGCUCGAGAUGCGCCACUUCGAGCGCGAGAGCGAGCGGUGCCAGCUGUACACGCCCGAGCUCGCCGUCGCGCGCACGCAGCUGCUCGACUAUUUCGGCGACCUGCAGCGCGCGGCGCCGGCCGAGAACCGCCUCUUCCGUUUCGAGCGGUCGAUGGAGCUCGGCGUGGGCGAGGGGCGGCUGCUCAGCCAGCUCGCGACACAGCUCGGCUUUGCCAAGGACGAGGCUUCGCUCGGCGCCUUCCUGUCGGGGCAGGACUCGGCGAUGGGGAGCGCGGGCACCUUUGCGGUGGGCGGCUUCGGCUCCAAGGAGAUGCACGUGGGCGGCUGGCUCGAGGAGGACGGCGACGACGACGACUACUAUGCCGUCUCAUCCAAGGCGGUGCACCCGCGCAAGCGGUUCGGCUUCUUCCGCCGCCUCUUCAAGAAGGAGCCGAAGCCGCGCCUCGCCCCGUCGGCGGCGGACGCCUCCUCGCUGUGCGGGCAGGAGGUUGCGACCGAGGAGGACAUCCUGCACGUCAAGUCGCUGCCAGACUUCAACGGCACGCUGCGCGCCGCCGACUCGGAGCUGCUGCUGCAGUACCUGACCGCGCCGUACUUGCGCGUGCCGCUGCUGCUCCGCUUCUUCUCGCAGGCGUCGCACACGGCCGCGCUCGCCCACCCCGAGCUGCAGGACGUCCUCGACGCCGCCGUCUUCGAGCCGGGCCUGUGGCAGCCCAACGAGAAGAAGGAGAUGCCGCAGCACAUCCCGGCGGAGAGCAAGCGCCACCUGGCGACGCCCGUCGGGCUCCUCUUCCAGGAGUGCCCCCCCCCCCCCCCCCCCGGCGAGCUCACGCACGCGCCCGCCGUCACGCUCGGCUGCGUGCAGACCCUCCUCGACAACGCGCUCGACAUGGACGCCGGCCGCUACUCGCCGCACGGCGCGUCGGCCACCAUUCUGUACGCGGUGCGGCUGACGCUGCGCGUCGAGGGGUACGUGCGCUACCUCCUCUCGCCGCUCGCCGAGACAUGCCGAGGCCUCGAGCGCGCUGCGGGCGGUAACAUGCAGUGCGACGCGCCGACGCGCGCCGAGCUCGCGCGCGGCUCGGCGGCGCUGCGCGCCAAGCUGGAGGACCACGCGCUUCCGGUGAUGCAGGGCUGGUACGCGCGGCUGCGGCGCGAGGGGCAGACGCGCGACGCGUGCGUCGUGGCGGCGCACAUGGCAUUCCUCUUCUCCGAGGUCCACCACGACUACGACGUCGAGCCGACGGUGCCGCUGCCCGGCCACCCGCCGCCAAAGCCGCGCAAGCGCGACGUGCGCGAGCGGCCUUCGCUCGGAUUCGCAGCGAUGGACGUCUUCGACCUAUGGCAGCGCCACCUGGGCAAGGGGCUGCGCUGGCUGCAGGCCAACCCGUCGCAGGCGUCCGAGAUGAUGGAGGCGGUGGUGCGGCUCCUCUCGGGCGCCGAGGACGCGAGCACGCCGCGCAUGGCGACGCGGACGUGGCACUCGAUGGUCGGCAUGUCGUGCGACGGCCGCUUCGUGCCCGACACGGCCGCCGCCGCCGCGAGCGCCAAGAGCGGGCGGCAGGACGGGCAGGCGGAGACGUGGAGCCAGGUGGCGGAGCGGGAGGCGGCGGCGGCGGCGCGGCACGGCUACGCGGCGUGGCUGCGCGCGCGCAUCUCGCCCUCGACCGAGACGGAGAUCAACGUGCAGCUGGGCGAGAUGACGCUCAAGCGGCAGGCGAUGCGCAUGCUCGAGAAGGAGGUUGCGGCGCACCACGACUUCGUCGCCGUCUUUGGCGAGCCGAACGCGCAGGCGCGCCACCAGUGCGCCGAGGUGAAGCGCUCCGAGCACCGGCUGUGGGUGCGGCUGCUCGGCACGCGGCACGACGUGCAGAUCUGGACGCCCGACUCUCGCCCGCCGAGGGCGCGGCGCGCGGCGAUGCUCUCCUCGGCGCCGUGGGUCGCGAGCAUCCUCGAGCCGCUGCAGGCGCAGGUGCCGCUGCUGCGCCGGCUGAGCGAGAAUGGGAAGGGCCUCUCGCUCAUCGAGGUGCAAGGCGACCACGCGCUCUGCUCGACGACGGACGAGGAGAGCGGCACCCUCAAGGAGGUGAUCAUCACGCGCGUGCCGCCCUCGGCGCACAUCUUCAACGUCGUCGAGCACGGCCGUCGCUGGCUGCGCUGCCUCGAGUACUCCUCCGACGCUGCCCUCUGCCUCGGCGAGCUCGUGCGCGGUCCUCUCUCGGUCAACCCGAAGCCGCAGCCGCACUGGCAGGUUGGCGACGCGGAUGUGCCGUACACGCCCAAGGCGUCGCUCCUGCUCACCCGCUCGCUCACCAAGGACGAGCCGGUCCAGACCUUCGUGCCGGAGCGCUUCCUGCGCGGCCUGCUGCCGGAGGCGCUCGUGGCGGCGUACGACUUUUGGCAGCGACCCGACGGCUCGCUGGUCGGGGAGCUGCGCAGUGCCGACGGCAAGGCCGAGGGCGACGACGGCGCGCCGCCGCCGCCGGCCGCGCUGGCCGCGCCAGGCGGCGGCGCCGCCGCCGGCGUGAUUGCGGGCGACCAGCUUCAGAUCUCAAAGGCGGGCGGAGGCUGCGCCGUGGUGCGUCGCGUGCCUCUGGGGGCGGACGGGGCGCCGGUCGGCUCGGCCGGCCGCACGCUCGUGGGUGCGGCGUACGCGGCCAAGGACACGGCGCUGGGGAGGCUCGUCGCGACGCUCUCCCGCGCCGAGGACUUGUCGCACGUGCUGCUCUGGUCGGCGGAGGGGGCGCGGGGCGAGUCGUCGCUCUCCGUCGAGCGCGUCGAGCUGCCGCGGCUGAGGCUCGCCUUUGAGGCCCGCCGCUGGCGGGAUGGCAAGACGCGCCUCAACUCGGUGGAGCACCCCGGCCUCGCGCUGGGCAUGCCGAGCUGCGAGCGGCUCAACGGGCUGCUGCGCGGCAUGCCGCACGCGCUCGUGCUCUUCUCGGAGGACGGGGACACCUUCCUCCUCCUCUCUGCCCUCGCCAAGCCAUGCCGCUUGCACGACCCGGCCGAGGCGCUCAACACGCAGCUGCUCGUCGCGCGCAGCGCCCCCGGCUGGGAGGAGGCGAUGACGGGCGUGCGGCACUACCUCUACCCCGUCCACCCCUCGCGCACGUACAUGACGCCGCCCUCGCUCUCCGCCGCCAUCGCGUUGCUCGUCCUCCGCUGGCUCGCGCGCGACUACGCGUCCGCCUUCGCGCUGUGCGCCGCGUGCGCCACAGACACGCCGCCGACGCCCGAGGAGGCGCAGCUCUGGGCGCUGCUCUCCGACUUCGAGGACGACUACGAGCCGGGCUCGCACGCGGUGCGCCUCAAGCUGUGGCUCGCGACGCGCAACGGCGCCGAGCUGCACUGCCCGUGGGAAGUGCGCGAGCAGCUCCCGCUCUACCUCGCCAAGCUCGCCUACAUCGCCGCCGACUGCCAGCUCUCCGCCGCCGAGGAGAUGCUCAUCCUGCGCGCCGUCGGCGACGAGUCGAUGCCCGGCGCUGCGAACCGGCUCGCCUUCCUCGAGACGGCGCUGCGCGCAGAGAGCGCCGACAACGCCUCCGCCGACGCGGCGAACCCGUUCGGCGGGCGCGUGUCGGAGGGGGGCGGCGCCACGCUGCAGUGCCGCUACCCGAAGCCGCCCAAGCCGAUGGUGUCCGAGAGCGACAACUUCGACACGCGGCUCGAGCACACCCACCUCCUCGAGGGCAUCAUCGACAAGAUCACCGACAAGAUCAGGGGCAACGCCUGGCAGACGCGGAUGGGCUCGCUCACGUACACGCGCCCCGAGCCGGAGAAGGACAAGAACACGGGCAACACGCACGACCCGUCGGGGCUCGCGGCGAUGGGCCUGCUCACGCAGUGGAUGCAGCAAGGCGUCAAGCUCGACUCCGACCACAAGGGCUUCUGGCUGCUGUACGAGCUCUUCACGGGCUCGCUCAAUGUUCGCAUCCUGAUGGACGACUCGUCGCACAACUUCGGCGCCAUCCUGCUCCGCGUCGCGGGCAAGUCGGGCGCACAGCGGGCCGCAGCCGCCCGACGCGGCCCGUGCGCCGACGAGCUGCUGCCGCUCAUGCGGUUGCUCGAGCUCGACCCGCAGUUCGCGCAGGAGUUCCCAAAGUACAAGCACGUCAAGAAAGGCGGCUUCUCUGUCUUCAAGGGCAAGGCCGGCAAGGGGAUGCCGGAGGAGGUGGGCGUCUUCCUGCGCGAGCGGCUGCAGUUCUUCCGGCAGGGGAUGGUCUUCAACCCUCCGUCGCUCUACCGGCCGCCCAUCGAGGUGCGUAUGCUGCCGAUGCGCGAGCUGCGCCACCUGCACCGCACCUGGCUCACGCCGCACCUCCUCGACCGCGACCGGCCGACGUGGAGCGUGCCCGCAAACUUCCGCGACACGAUCGCCCCGUCGGGCGACCACGCCGGCAAGGCGAUCGUGCUCUCGCCGAUCGGUCCGCUCAACUACAUCGCGCGCGGCGCGAACAGCCAGCUGGGCGAGUGCCCGACGCUCGCGCUCGGCCGUCACCCGGCGGCCAAUGCCGUCGUCGCGCGCAAGAUGCUGUCGCGCCUAGCCGAGGACGCCGCCUGGCUGCGCGACCAGGCGGCGAGCGAGGCGCGCGCGCCGCACCUCGCGGGCUUCGACGGCGCCGCGCCGUCGCAAGCCUCGUUCGCGCAGCAGGAGAGCGUGCUCAACCGGCUCGUCGGCGCGCUCGACAAGCUGCACGCCGACGACCUCGCCGCCUUCGAGGCCGAGCUGCCGCAGGUGCUGCAGCUCGCCAGCCAGGGCCCGCCCAACGCGCCAGAGUCGGAGCGGCGGGCGCGCGCACUCGCGCAGUGGGCGCAGUGCGAGCGGCCGAUCGGGCUGGGCCUCCUCUCCGAGCUGCUCAUGUCGCGGCGCGGCGAGGUCGAGCUGCGCGCGCUCAACCCGCUGCUGGGCGAGCAGGACGCGCGCGCCGCCAUGGACGGCACCGCCGCGCUGCUGCUGCGCGUCUCGCGCUCCAUCUUCGCCGCCAAGGCGCGCGCCGUCGCGUGGAAGCUGCAGCGCACCCUCGCGUCGCUCAAGGCCAAGCUCUCGGCGGGCGGCGGCGCGGCGGCGCAGGCGGACGUGGCGCAGGCGGUCGCUUCGCUGCGCGUCGUCUCGGAGACGCUCGCUCGCACUCUCUGCUUCCGCCGGGCGCACGUCACGCCGCCGAAGCGCGCCCCGCCCGGCGCCGCUGGCGUCGGCGCGGACGGGGUGGUUCCGGCGAGCCUCGACCCGCGGAUGCUCGUCUUCGAGUUUGCGGGCGGGAUGGUGCUGCGGCCGCCGCAGGUGAGCCUGAUCAGCAAGCUCGUGAGCGGCACGACGCAGGGCCGCUCGAUGUGCCACCAAAUGCUCAUGGGCGAAGGCAAGACGACGGUCAUCGCGCCGAUGCUCGCUCUCCUCAUCGGGGACGGCUCGAUGCUCGUCACGCAGAUCGUGCCGACGCCGCUGCUCCGCUUCUCGCACGCGACGCUGCGCUCCGCCUUCUCGGCGCCGCCGCUGCACAAGCCGGUGUGGACGUUCCGCUUCGACCGUCGCGCCUCGGUGACGAUCGAGCUGCUCGACAAGGCGCGCGACGCAUCUCUCGGGCCACACCUCCCCUCGGCCUCCCCUCGGCCGCCCCUCGGCCGCACCUCUGCGCCGCUCGACCAGGUGCGCGCCGCUGUGACGGAGCGCGCGGUGCUGCUGUCGACGCCGGCGGCGGUGAAGGCCUUCUUGCUCAAGCUGCUCGAGCUGCUGCACCUGCUCGACACGGGGCAGUACCCGAAGAACCUCAACUCGAUCGGCGAGAAGAUGCGGCGCGUGAUGCGCCUCAAGCCACGCAAGGUGACCGACGACCGGAUCGACAAGGCGUCGCUGCAGCAGCAGGCGGCACGGGCCGUCGCGCUGCUCCAGCUCUGGAAGAGCGGCGUCGGCAUCAUCGACGAGGUUGACGUGGUGCUGCACCCGCUCAAGUCGGAGCUCAACUGGCCGCUCGGCGACAAGCACGCGCUCGACUUUGCGCCCACGCGGUGGGAGCUGCCGUGGUGGAUGCUGCACGCGCUGCUGCUGCUCCAGGAGGAGGCCAAGCCCGAGUCGCAGCGCGCGAGCUGGCUGGCCAGCGGCCGCAGCAGCGCCGGCCUCUCGGGCCGCAACAGCGCGCCUGCCAGCAAGAGCGUCUCGUCCACGUCUGCCGAGGCGGAGCGCGAGUGCCUUCUCCGGCUGAAGAGCGCGUGCGAGCAGGGCAUCGCGGGCAACUACAUGCAGCGCGUGCCCCACCUCGCCCUCCUCUCGGAGGAGUGGUACCACGCGACGCUCAAGCCGCUGAUGGGCUCCUGGCUGCUCAUCUGGCUCCGCCGCACCGGUCUGCACGACAUCUCGGACGACGCCGCGAUCCGCUGCCUCGCCGGCGGCGGCGUCGAGGGCUCGAUGGCAAACAGCGCCACGCUCUCGGACAAGCAGGCCAAGAUGCUCAACCUCGGCCACGACUGGCUCACCUACCUGCUGCCGCACAUGAUCGCGAUGCAGCGCGACGGCGCCUUGCCUCGCUCGCGCCGCUACAUGGCCGUCCCCUUCGUCGGGAAGGACACACCGACCGCCUCGUCCGAGUUUGCGCACCCCGACGUGGCCAUCGGGAUCUCGAUCCUCGCGUACCGCUACGAGGGGCUGCGCAAGCCCGACUUCGGCGCGCUCAUCCAGAACCUGCGCCACAUGCUCGAGGCGGAGAUCGGCCCCGAGCUCAAGCGGCCAACCUCUCUCCUCUGGAUGGAGUGGAUCGAGGCGGCCGGCCGGCGCCGCGCCUCGGGGUAUGAGCCCGAGACGCCGCGCUCGGCCGCCGUCGGCAUCAUCCGCGACCCGAUGCCGCCGCCGCCGCCGCCGCCACAAGCCUCGGAGGGCGACGCGCGAAAGUCGGUGGGGACGGCCGUCUCGCAGGCGCUCGGCGGCGACGGCGACCCAAACAUGUGGGACAUCCUCCCGCUGCACUUGCUCGACCUGAUGGACGUCGACUACAUGAGCAUGCUCUUCGAGCUGCUGCGCAAGCUGCCAAACACCGUCCAGUUCUACCUCGACCACAUGGUCUUCCCGGAGACGACCGCGCACCAGCGCGCGAAGCUGUCGGCCAACGGCCAGGACCUGGGCGGCGAGAUGCUCUUCUCGCGCCGCAUCGCCUUCUCCGGCACGCCCUCCUCGCUGCUGCCGCUCGAGAUGGGCGCCUGCAUCCACUCGAUGGGCGACGACGCGAAGAUGCUGCGCACGCUCACCAACCCCGCCGUCGUCACGUCCCGCAUGCUGCCCGCCGACUGGGACGUGCCCGGCGUGCUGCAGCUGCUCGCCGAGAUGCAGCCGCCCGUGAGCGCGCUCAUCGACUGCGGCGCGCUCGUCACCGGCAUGAACAACCGCGAGGUCGCCGCGUACCUGCUGCACCGGCUGCCGCCGCAGAUGGAAGGCGUCGUCUUCCUCGAGGCGGGCGGGCACAAGAAGAUCAUGCUGCGCGCCACGGGCAACGUCAUGGACCUCGAGCGGUGCGGCACGCCGCCCGACAAGCGCUUCUCCUUCUACGAUCAAGUGCACACGACGGGGAUGGACAUCCCGCAGCAGCCGAACGCCGUCGCGGUGCUCACCCUCGGCAAGGACCUCACCUUUCGCGACUACGCGCAGGCAGCGUACCGCAUGCGCGGGAUCGGCAAGGGGCAGACCAUCUCCCUCUUCGUCACGCCGCAGGUCGCCCAGCUCCUCGCCAACGAGGCGGCCGGCGGCCGUGGCGUGUCGGCGCAGAACCGGCGCGCGGAGCUCUCCGCGAUGCCGCCGCAGCAGCGGAUGCGCGCCGAGCUCGAGGACGUGUCCGCCUGGCUGAUGGUCAACUCGAUGAAGACGGAGAAGAUCCAGUUCGAGCUCUGGUGCGCGCAGUGCGCGCGAAACGUGUGGCGGAAGAAGGCGGUCGGCCAUUUGCGCCACGUCUACACCGAGAUGGGAGGCAAGACGCUCUCGCCCAUCGCGCCCGGCUCGGCGCACACGGGCCGCCACUCGCUCGACGUCUUCCGCGAGCGGGUGGUGCGAGACGUCUCCAACUCGGUGCCCCAGUUCGUCGACCCGCGGCAGGAGAUCGCGGACAACGUGAGGGUGUACUCGGCGCUGCUGCAGGACCCGGCGGACAUCAAGGCCAUCGAGCGCAUCCAGGCGCUGCUGUCGGGCCACGACUUCGACGCGAACACGCAGACGAAGCGGCCGGAGGGCGCCGGCUUCGAGCAGGAGCAGGAGCAGGAGCAGGAGCAGCAGCAGGAGCAAGAGCAGGAGCAGCAGCAGCAGCAGCAGAAGGAGCAGGAGCAGGAGGAGGAGGAGGAGGUGGACGACUACCGGCGCGAGAAGUACGUGCGCGAGGACGAGUACCCGCACAAGUGGCCGCUCGCCAAGCUCAAGGAGCCGCCGGGCGAGAUGGUGCAGGGCUUCUUCCCCGCCUCCGACUUCGCCGUGCACCGCUCCUUCAUGGAGAAGAAGGGGCCGCUCCAUUGGCCGAGCUACCUCCAGUUCUCGUCUGACCACACCCACCCGCGCUGGCGCUUCCAGUCGCACCGCCGCCUCAAGAACGUCAUCGUGCUGCUCGAGUGGCUGCCCGACACCGCCCUCUCCGGCGGCGCCGGCGGCAUGGGCCUCGACGCCAAGGCGGAGAAGGCGCUCAAGCUCUCCGCCGGCGCGACCACGCGGCUCGGCCGCAUGUUCGAGAUGUACGACGUGCAGUCCUCCGGCGCCAUCGGUGAGGAGCACCUCGACCACUGCUUCUACGACAUGGGUCUGCGGCCAAACUCGGACGCCGUCGACGCCGAGGCCGUCUCCGAGCAGAAGGAGGCGCUGCGGCGGAUGCACUUUGUGCGCGGCGGCGCGCACGGGCAGGAGCUCGCGCUGCCCGCCGCGCACUGGCCAAAGAUGAUGCAGGAGCAGCGCUUCCUGCGCGGCGACACGGGCCGCUUCUGGGUCGCCCUCUCCCUGCGCGAGGCGGAGGCGCUGCGCGGCGCGAUCCACCUCGCGAUGGACACGGGCGAGCCGCUCGUGCCCGACAGCCGCGUUGCCGUCGGACUGCGCGCCGGCCACAUGAUGAUCGACUGCGUCGGGCCCCCGAAGCCCGCGCCGGGCGGCGGCGGCGGCGGCGCCAUCUCCUUCACCGCCGCCGCGUCGGUCGAGCCCUUCCCGCGCGCGCCGCGGCUGCAGCUCGACUCGGCGGUGAGCGCCUUUCGCUUCAUCGACUCACAGCUCGCCUUCACCGAGCGGCACGCGCGGCUGCUGCUGCGCAUGCUGCGCCUCGACGCGCCGCAGGACCGGCGCAAGUGGUUCCAGGAUGUGUGCGGCUGCCGCCGCCGGCCGCAAAACAAGCUCAUCAACAUCAAGCGCGGCGGCAUCGCGACGGCGGUCAACGUCGAGGACGAGUACCACUUGCUCGCGGGCCUCGCCUGGCUCGGCGUCAAGGUGAGCGAGGACGACCUGCACGCCUUCCUGCGCGGCCUCGACUCGAAUGCCGACGGCCUCCUCACGCUCGACGAAUGGGCGGCGGGCUUCCCCCUCCUCGCCGAGUCGGAGCCGGCGACGCACGAGGCGCUCGCGACCCUCUCGCUCAAGCCAAAGCAGGUGCGCGAGCUCUUCGAGGGCGCCACCGCCAAGAAGAAGGAGUUUGCACCCGUGCCGCCCGACCGGCUCGCGAAGUUCAAGUUCAAGCUGCACGCGCACAAGGCGUACACCCAGAUCUUCACCUCCAAGCGCACCGACCUGCGCGAGCAGCUCACUCUUUGGGAGCCCGACGUCGACGACCGCUCCAAGCUCCUCUCUGCCAAGAAGGCGCGCUUCAAGGUCUGCCUCGGCCACUACGCCGUCGGCGGAAGCGAGUCGCCCGCGCGCGGGCUGCGCACGGCGCCGAUGGUGCUCGAGGUGACCGACACGAGCAUCACGAUGGGCCUCUCCGCGUCGGAGCACCUCGCGGCGGUCGUCGAGCAGCUGCUGCCGCCGCCGCUCCGCUACCGCCUCGCGUGGCACUCGGAGGAGCACGAGCUGUGGGUGUGGCGCGCGGUGCCGCCCGGCGCGGCCUUCCUCGCCCUCGGCAUGGUCGCCACGCGUAGCGAGGAGCCGCCGCCGCCGCACGCGAUGUGCUGCGUGCCGCGCCGCUGGUGCGUCCGCGACGCCGAGCGGCCGCGCGCCAUCUGGAAGGAUUCAGGUGGCGCCGGCCGGCCAGGCUCGAUCUGGGCGACGGGGAUCCAGCUGCAGCUCAUGCUGGCGGUGCUCGGCCACGACCCGCCGCCCGCCGACCUCGCGUGGCGCCUCGGCACCGACCGCUGGUACGCGGUGCCCGAGAGGCUGCGCGAUCUCAUCGAGACGGUGGACCCGCGCGCGAGCAUGGUCGGCGGGGGGUGGACGCCUCGCGAGGCUGAGGCGGCCACCACCUCUGCCGACGGCUGGCUCGCGUCGAAGAAGCUCGAGCUGCAGGCGCGCCAGCCGCCGCCGGGCUCCGUGCAGGCGUCGCUCGCGCAGAGCGACAACCCUUGGGGCUCCGCCCCGGGCGGCGGCGGCACGGUGCCGGAGCCGGUGUCGCCGGGCGGGCUGCUCGCGCUCGCCGCCGAGGCGGACCUCUCGUCGGCGAUACCGGCGCGUGCGAUGCCGCCGCCGCCGCUCAUGCCGGCGGCUGCCGCCGCGCCGCGCCCGCCCGCCGCGGCUCCCGCCCCUGCUUACGCUGGCGGGGUGCCUACGUAUCAGCCGCCGAUGAACCUGACGGCGCUCGGCGGCGGCGGGGGGCCGCCCGCGGCGGCGGCCCUUGCGCCGUCGCUGGUGCCGUCUCCGCCGCCGCAGGCGGCAGCCCCGGCCGGCGACCUUCUCGCCGCUCUCGGCGCAGCGCCGCCCGCGGCGUCGUCGAGCGGCCUGCUAGACGGGAUGGCGCCCGGGCCGGCGCCGAUGGCGCCGAUGGCACCGAUGACGCCGAUGAUGGCGCCCAUGGCUCCGAUGGCGCCGACCAAGCCUGCGGGCGGCGGAGGCGGCGCUCUCGAUCCCUCCAUGUUUGGCGCGCCCCCCGCCGCUGCCAAUGCGCCCAGCUCCGCGCCGGUAGCACCGGGUGCGCUGAUGAUGCCCUCGCGAGCGCCCGCCGCCGCUGCGAGCAGCGGUGUCGGCGCGGCGCCGCUGAUGCCCGCGCAGCCGCCCGCCGCGGCCGCUGCCUCCGCCGGCGGCAUGCUCAGCCCGGGCAUGUUUGCCGCCACAAGCGCCGCCAGCGCGCCGCUGGUGCCGUCCAAGCCGGCGACGCUGCAGCCGACGGUGGGGAGCGUCCCACUCGUGCCUCAGUCGGCGCCGGCGCCGGCCGUGACGCCGUCGGUCGGCCCUCCCGCGGCGACGCCGGCGGCGCAGAUCGCGUGGUGGAAGAUGACCCUGCAGACGGAGGGCAUCCUGCUGCCCGGCCCGUCGCUGCAGCUCGGGUUCAAGACCGACUUUCGGCCGCCGCGCGGCCGGAUCGGCAUCUACUUUGGCAACCUCGGCGGCGGCGCCCUCUCGAUCUCCGCGUGCGCCGUCGCCAUGUCCGACGGCUCCUCGGGCGGGCUCACCAUCACGGCCGCGGCGGGGCCCACGGCGCUGCCGCCGCGCGGCCAGGCGCUCAUGAUGGUGCAGCUCGAGCACGCCUCGCCGUUCGGGCCGGCGGUGCCCGCCCUCACCGUCACGCUGGCCGGCGCGGUCGGCGGCGGCGCCGGCGGCGCGCACAAGCUGCCGGUGGCGCCGCACCGCUUUGUGCAGCCGUGGCCGCUCCAGACGGCCGACUCGUACUUUGGCUGGUGGCGGACGGCCGGCCUCGCCGAGCGGCAGGCCUCCUUUGCGUGGGCGGGCCCGUACGACCGGAUGCGCGCCAAGCAGCAGCUCGCCGCGGGCGCCGGCCUCGCCGUGCUCGAGAAUGUCGACCCCACCCCCUCCAACCUCGUCGGCGCCGGCUACCUCGCGACGCUCGCCUCCGCGGCGCCGCCCGACAAGGUGGCGAACGCAAGCACGGCCAUCUUCUGCCUGCUGCGGCUCGAGGUGAACCCGCAGCGCGGGGCGGCGCGCCUGACGGUACGCUCGCGCCACGCGCCCCUCGCCGACAGCUUGGUGAAGGCCUUCGCCGCCGCCUUUGGCAACGUCGCCGCGCCCAUACCGUGAUGAAACACUCUUCGUGGCAUGCUCUCUCAGAAAAACGAGGUCGUCUCUCAAGAGUUCGAGUCGUAGAGACACUGAACACAAGUACCGUCACAGUCCUACCUGCUGGAGGGUGUCUGUGAGUGUGAUUCUCUUCUACAGUUCGAAAAGCGUACG